AUGAGCUGGGAUGAAGCACGGGCAUACUGCAGAGAGAAAUACACAGACCUGGCCAAAGUGUUUGACCUGACAGACAUGAGAAGACUUCAAGACUCUGCACAGAAUCAAACAGAAGCCUGGAUUGGACUGUACAGCGAGCCAGGAGGAGACAACAGGAGGUGGCACUGGUCUCUGCCGGGGGAGGAAUACACUGAAAAUAAGAGCUGUUGGGAAGAUGAAGAGCCAAAUGAUUAUGAUGGCACCCCUGAGAACUGUGUGAGGACAAGAGAUAAGUGGGUAGAUGUUCCAUGUACUAACAUGCAUCAGUUCAUCUGCUAUGAUGAAACGAUGAAAGACAACAAAAUGUUUCAUUUGAAUGAGAUGUCUGUGACCUGGACUCAGGCUCAGAACUACUGCAGACAGCAUCACACCGACCUGGCCAGUGGACUCGAUCAGAUAUACAGUGAAGAGUUUAAGAAGCUGCAGAAGUCUAAAGACCCUACAAUGAACUUGUGGAUCGGCCUGUUCAGAGACAGCUGGAGGUGGUCAGAUGGGAGUAACUUCUCCUUCAGAUACUGGGACAUGGACUCAUUCAAUGAUGGACUAAACAACAGGACAUGUGCUACGACUCUGUUAGAGAGAUCAGGAAGAUGGAGCUCUGCUGGAUGUGACCAAAGAAAGCCUUUCUUCUGCUAUGAUGAUAAUCUGAUUCUGAUCAGGGAAAACAAAACCUGGGAGGAAGCCUUGAAUUACUGCAGACAGAAACACAAUGACCUGGUUUCAAUCAGCAACCCUGAGGAGCAGCGAUGGGUCCAGGAAAGAGCCAAAAAUGCUUCGACUCCUUUCAUGUGGCUGGGACUGCGCUACUCCUGCUUUCUGGAUUUGUGGUUCUGGGUCGGUGACAAGCUAGUGUGCUAUGAGAGGUGGGCUUCAAGGGGAAAGACUGAAGACUGUGACAUGUCUGCAGCCAUGACCACAGGAGGGCAGCACGAGUGGGUCAGUCAGAGGAAAAAUGAGACAUUUAAUUUUAUUUGUAUAAAACACUGAGGUUUAAACCUAAAGUCACUUCUUAGCUGCACAUGUAGAUUUUCUGGGGUGAACUCUGUGUUUCUGCUCAGUGUUUACAGUCUCUGGGUUUGAAAU